GCAAGCCGGCGGCUGGUGAGAGGCGUAAUCGGCAGUUAGCCGUUAUGGGGAACAAGGUGGUUACCUUCACAGAACAACAGCUGGAAGACUACCAGGACUGCACAUUCUUUACUAGGAAAGAGAUUCUAAGGGUGCACAAGAAGUUCCGGGAGAUGUGUCCCGAGCUGGUCCCCAAGUGCAUGACGGGUAAUGAGCCGGUCGCGGUGCACAUCCCGCGAGAGAAGAUAGAGAACCUCCCGGAGCUCAGGGAAAAUCCGUUCCGCCAUCGCAUAUGCGAAGUGUUCUCGCACGAUGGCAGGGGUAACAUGAAUUUCGAAGAUUUUUUGGAUCUUCUGUCAGUUUUCAGCGAGCAAGCUCCGAGGGAUAUCAAAGUAUUCUACGCUUUCAAGAUUUAUGAUUUCGACGGCGACCAGCACCUGGGACCCGGCGACCUGGAGCAGACCCUGCGCCUGCUGACGGGCGGCGAGCUCGGUCCCGAGGAGGCGGCGCAGGUGUGCGAGAAGGUGGUCGAGGAGUCGGACAUGGACGGCGACGGCAAGCUGUCGCUCAUGGAGUUCGAGCACGUCAUCACGCGCGCCCCGGACUUCCUGCCCACCUUCCACAUCCGCAUCUGAGCCUCUCGGUGCCGCCGCCAGUCCUCUGGUUCUUGUACCUACCCCCAACACCUGCUCAACACGCCCACCUUCCACAUCCCCAUCUGAGCCACUCGGGGCCGCCGCCAGUCCUCUGGUUCUUGUACCUACCCCAACACCUGCUCAACACGCCCACCUUCCACAUCCGCAUCUGAGCCUCUCGGGGCCGCCGCCAGUCCUCUGGUUCUUGUACCUACCCCAACACCUGCUCAACACGCCCACCUUCCACAUCCGCAUCUGAGCCUCUCGGUGCCGCCGCCAGUCCUCUGGUUCUUGUACCUGCCCCAACACCUGCUCAACACGCCCACCUUCCACAUCCGCAUCUGAGCCUCUCGGGGCCGCCGCCAGUCCUCUGGUUCUUGUACCUACCCCAACACCUGCUCAACACGCCCACCUUCCACAUCCGCAUCUGAGCCUCUCGGGGCCGCCGCCAGUCCUCUGGUUCUUGUACCUACCCCAACACCUGCUCAACACGCCCACCUUCCACAUCCGCAUCUGAGCCUCUCGGGGCCGCCGCCAGUCCUCU